AUGUCUCUUUCGCUAUUGGCGGCCGCAUUGCUGGGCAUCGGCGCAGUGACGCCCGUCCACGGUCGAGGCGAUUCGCAAAUCCCGUUCAACUACGCCGAUGCAUGUCCCGACUAUGCGCUUUACGCAUCAUAUCCCCAUCGUCCCUUUAGUUCUGGCCCGCUCGCCUUGCCUUACCAGCGUCCCAGCCCGCAGUGUCGGACGUUUCACUCAGACGAGAUCGAGAGAGUCAUCGAAGAGGUGACGUCGAGGAUCAAGGACCCUGAUCUGGCACGUCUGUUCGAGAACACCUUUCCCUCGACGACGGACACAACCGUCAAAUUCCACACCAAGGGUGGACCUCAGUCCUUUAUCAUUACCGGCGAUAUCAUUGCAGAGUGGCUGCGAGACUCGACGAACCAGCUGCGUCCCUACCAGGGCCUGGCCAAGAAGGACCCAGCCAUCUUCGACCUGAUCGUGGGAGCCAUCAAUACGCAAUCCGAGUAUGUCAUUCAGUCGCCGUACUGCAAUGCCUUCCAGCCACCACCUAUCAGCGAAUUGUCCGUCUCCGCCAACGGCCAAGAUGAUAUAGUGCACCCGGCAUACGAGCCGAGUGUUGUGUUCGAGUGCAAGUACGAGCUUGAUUCUCUGGCGCACUUCCUGGCUUUGGCAAACGACUUUUACGAGGCCACGGGAGCCACUGACUUUGUGAACAAGCGAUGGCUUCUUGCCGUUGACACUCUGUUGCUGGUGCUGAAGCAGCAGUCAGAGCCAACUUUUCACCCGGAAACAGGCCAGUAUGAUAGAAAUACCUACACCUUCCAGCGGUGGACGAAUGCUGGCACCGAGACUCUCAAUCUUCAGGGUGUCGGAAACCCCCUGAAUAGCGGAACGGGGCUGGUUCGAUCGGCAUUCAGACCGAGCGAUGACGCCACCAUCCUAGGAUUCUUCAUCCCGGCGAAUGCCAUGAUGUCUGUGGAGCUUGGUCGGGCUGCCAAGAUGCUGCAGGCUGCGGGUAACAAGGCUCUGGCCACUAAGCUUGGUCAAUGGAGCGAGAAGUUGCGAGCAGGAGUACUGGAGCAUGGUGUCGUCAAGCAUAAGAAAUACGGCGACGUAUUCGCUUACGAGGUUGAUGGAUACGGCUCUUCCAUCUUGAUGGAUGACGCAAACUAUCCUUCCCUUCUAGCCCUCCCGGUGAUGGGCUUCUGCGAUGUAGAUGACCCGGUGUAUCAGAAUACGAGGAAGAUGAUACUGGAUAAACAAGGCAACCCGUAUUAUUUGGCGGGUAGAGGUUUCCAAGGAAUUGGAGGACCACACAUUGGCUUGAAGAACGCCUGGCCCAUGAGCUUGCUGCUUCAGGCCCAAACAUCAAAUGACGACAAAGAGAUUAAAGAAUGUAUCGACAUGGUGCUGAAGGCAUCUCCGCGUGGUCUGAUUCACGAGAGUGUCGAUGUCAAUUACGUGAACCAGUAUACGCGGAGCUGGUUUGCGUGGGCGAAUGGAGUUUUUGCCGUGACGAUUUUGGAUUUGGCAAAGAGGAAGCCGCACUUGGUAUUUGGACCGGGAGCGGCGCCGUAUGAAAUAUGA